UCUGCGCAGUUUCUAAGGGGGGUAAGUUAAACGCCGUAACUAGCGGCGCAUUGACGCACUUCUCCUGUGUUUUUUAUGAAUAAAACGUUUACGAACACGUCGUUGUACAGUGUGAAACUCGAUUCAGAAUGGAGACUUUACGUUGACUUAACUUAAUGGACGGAGCCGAGGGGGAAACACACACCGGCGAGAGAGAGGGUUACCAAGGUAGUGACGACGCGCAGGACGUGGAGACAGCGGAGGGAGAGAGUAAUAGCAGUAAGAGAGAGAGAGAGAGAGAGACCUCUGAAAUCCUGUAACAAUAAUAAUAACGUUAUGAAGUUUAAUUUAAUUUAAGGCUGAGAGAAGUGGCUGCGCACUGAGGUUACCUUUGCGCAUGGACUGAAAUCACCUGCAGGCUCGUUGCUGACUUGAUGAAGACCCUUUCUAAUUCUGGACAGGUGACAGCAACUUACUGCCCAAUGGAGAAAUAUGAAAAGCUGGCCAAAAUUGGUGAGGGUUCCUACGGUGUGGUGUUCAAAUGCAGACACAGAGAUACUGGCCAGAUAGUUGCCAUCAAGAAGUUUGUGGAAUCUGAAGAUGACCCGGUCAUUAAGAAGAUUGCACUGCGAGAAAUACGCAUGCUGAAGCAGCUGAAACAUGUGAAUCUGGUCAACCUGCUGGAGGUCUUCAGGAGGAAGAGACGGCUCCACUUGGUGUUUGAGUUCUGUGAGCAGACGGUCCUCAAUGAGCUGGACAAACACCCUCGAGGUGCAUCCACCGUGAUGUAAAGCCGGAGAACAUCCUCCUCACCAAAACCGGUGUCAUCAAGCUCUGCGACUUUGGCUUCGCCCGCAUCCUGACAGGACCAGAGGAUGACUACACAGACUACGUAGCAACCCGCUGGUACCGGGCCCCUGAACUGCUGGUUGGAGAUACUCAGUAUGGGCCUGCUGUGGACGUGUGGGCUCUGGGCUGCGUCUUUGCUGAGCUGCUACAUGGCAAUCCACUCUGGCCUGGGAAGUCUGACGUUGACCAGCUUUACCUCAUCCGAAAAACUCUAGGUGACCUGAUCCCUCGUCAUCAACAGGUCUUCCGCUCCAAUGUUUUCUUCAGUGGAGUUAGUAUUCCUGAACCUGAUACUACGGAGCCAUUGGAAAAGCGUUUCCAUGGAGUGUCUCCUCAUGCCCUCCAGGUUAUGAAGUCUUGCCUGGUGAUGGACCCCUCUCUCCGGCUGUCCUGUGAAGAGCUGCUGGAGCUGCCUUACUUCCAGGAGGAAGGAGUAGCCAACUGGGGCCGUGAUGGUGAGCGCCCCGGGAGACGACAUGACAAAGGCUCCCGACGUAGACAGGCAGGGGCUCAGUACUUGCCUCAGUUACCAAACAGCAACAUCUCACCAGCACCGGAUGUAAAGAAACAGGUGAAGCAUAAAUAUCACCUGCCCAACAUUUAACAAAGCAACGAAUCAGUCUACACGUUUGUGGCUGAACUGAGAAAGAUGGA